GCGCAGCGGAGUUUCAUCAGCAGUAAACCGUCCCUCUGUCCGUCCGGUGAUGAGCGCGCGGCGCACCGGUACCGGUGUCGUGCUGCAGGAGGCGGGAAGGACGCCAACCGACCAUUGAACCAUUGAAGUGUUAUCUCUAUCUCUAUCGCUCUCCUUCUCUUUUUCCUUUCGUUUAACAUGGAAGAAGUUCUCGUAGCGCGCGAGGCGUUGUAAGGUGAAGAUGCUGACAGACAUGAUCGUAGAGGAGGAAUUUGAGAUCAAGGAGGAGGAACCGUGGUACGACAAGCAAGACCUUGAACAUGAUCUACAGCUGGCGGCCGAGCUCGGGAAGACUCUUCUGGAGAGGAACAGGGAGCUGGAGCAGGGGCUGCAGCAGAUGUAUGCCACCAACCAGGAGCAACUCCAGGAGAUUGAGCACCUGACGAAGCAGGUGGACCUCCUCAGGCAAGUCAAUGACCAGCAUGCUAAAGUGUACGAGCAGCUUGACGUGUCGGCCCGAGAGCUGGAGCAGAGCAACCACAAACUGGUUCAGGACAACAGGACGGCUCAGCAGAAGAUCCAGGGGCUGACAGAAACAGUGGACGUGCUGCAGACUCAGGUGGAGGAGCUGCAGCAUCAGGUGGAGGAGUUGAAGUUAAACCCAUGUCGGCCUCAGAAGCCUCCACACAGAGAGAAGUGGCCUCCACGCGGCACCCAGAGCACAUCCUGCCUGCAGGAGCUGCAAAACGCACUCAGGUAUGACUGUGAUCCCGAUGAAUGCUCAGACGACCUUGAGUCCUCUGCAGCAGCAUGGCACGAGGAAGAGCAGGCAUCUCUUCGACAGUCCCUCCGUGCUCUUCAAACUCAGUUUGCCACUGAGCGUGCUCGGAGGGAGGAGGCGGAGCGAGAAGCAGAGCUACUGGCAAGAGAAAAUGCAGUGCUGGAGCAACAGCUGGCAGGGAUGGAGGGAUGUCGGGCCAGAGUGUCUGAACUGGAACACGAAGCUGAAGAGCUUCGUCAGCUCUGGAAAUCGGAGUCCUCUUCCAGGUCCAUCAGGCCAGACGUCAUCCACGGCUUGCUGCCACACUCACUGCUCCUCAACCCAGAGGAGGAGAGUGAAGGAGAGCUGGUUAUGGCUAAAAGGCCUACAGUUCUAAAGCGCUGGGCCAGCGAGCGCUUGAUGAAGGCCACACAGGCGCCCUAUUCUCCUGACCGGGCCUAUGACCACGAGUGCUCCUGCGUUCGCCGAGCCGAGGUGGUAAAGUAUCGUGGGAUUUCGCUUCUCAACGAGGUCGACGCCCAGUACAGUGCCUUGCAGGUGAAGUACGAAGAGCUGCUGAGGCGCUGCCAGCUGGGGUUCCAAGAGGAGGAGCAGGACGGGCAGAGCCACAAGUCAGUUCAGACCACUGUGCCCGCUGCAGCUCAUCCUGCUCUGACAGACAUGGAGGACUUUGAGGAUGACUUUCACCAGCCUGAAUACAAGGAACUUUUCAUAGAAAUCUUCUCCCGCAUUCAGAAAACCAAAGAAGACCUGAUGGAAAACAGGGGGAGACCGUCAGCUGGUGAAGAGUCGCCACCUUUGCAUUAGUUCCUUCCUUAGUUAUUAUGCCCAGAUAUGGUGAUCGCCACACAAGUUAAGAGAUGAGGGUGAAGCAGGAGCAGGAGAGCCAAACACCAGCUCAUGUCACAGAUGUGGCUCACUUUGCACAGAAACACCAGUGCCUAAUAUCUCUACUGUACAAUCGCUCUACCUCACUUUACACAACAAUGGAUCACAACUAACUUCAUGUGGAAACCUUUCUGGGGAAAAAUCCCUCAUCUUCCCAUAAGCUGGCAGCAGUUUAUUUUAAGGGUCCCAUAGUUUUCUAGUGACAUGUCGGUGAAUUUAAAAAAAAAAAAUCUGAUUCAUUUGUACCAUUUUUAAGUUCAUUUUGAGUCAUCUUUGCAUCCACUUUGUGAAUAUGGGUCAAUUUAUUCUCUCUUUUAGCUUUCUAUUAGUCUCAUCCAGCUCUCCAUUUUGCUAUAAAUUUCCGCUGCUACACUGUCUGAGCAGGUUGUGUACAGUGGGUGUUUUACAGCUUUCCACUGAAAAAAAUGUUGCAAGACAGAAACAAAGCAAUAAAGUUUCUUCCAGUCAGAAAAAAAAGAGACCUUCAGGUGAUUGUUUCUGCAUGAUUUUGGCUGCUUAUUAAAUGCAAAUAAUUAUCUCUCUUUCAGGACAUUUUCUAGAAAAUUAAGGGAGCCCUGUAAGAUAAAUUGCUGCCAUGCAUCUGCUGUUUGCAAGUAUUUAAAUAUAAAAGUACAUUUCUUGAUGUUAGCUUUGCCUGCGCCUAUAAGAUCAGCCAAUAUAUGGUUGACCAGUGUAGUAUGCAAUGAUGUAUUGGUGAAGAAGUUAUCACAAGGUGCUUGGAUAUGUUAGGGAUUUUUGUAAAUGUUAACAUAUCGUUUUCUGAAAUUAUGCUUGAUUGAGUGGAAGGUUUAGCUGGCUGUGAAUGUUAUCUUAACAUGAACUUGUAACUGAUCUUGUAAC